GCUCAACUUGCUUUAAAGAGACAGCUAAACUCCCCCAGUUCAGCCAUUUUGUGGAGGAGCGGAGAGUAAUUGAAGAGCAUAGCUAUGUUGAUGAUCUUUUGACCUCUCAUAACAACUUGAACCAGCUCAAAAUUAUCACUGGAAAUGUGGAGCAGAUCCUGAAUGCAGGCGGUUUCGAGUUAAAACCAUGGGUCUUCUCUGGUCAAAGUGGAAACCAGCCUACUGAGAAACAAGAACGGGAGGCUGCUACAAAGAUGAUUCUGCCAAAUCAGCUUAAAGAGGAUGACAACAAAGCUCUUGGUCUUGGCUAUACAGUGGAAGAUGACAAGCUCCAUGUCAUGGUUGGAAUAAACUUCUCAAAGAGAAAAAGGAAAAUGAGACAAGGGAGAAAUCUUCAACUGGAAGAGUGAGCAGGCUUAUGGUGCUGUCCUCUACCUGCGCUGGGCAUGUGAUCAAGGUCCUGUGGUACGGCUGGUAGAAUCUAAGGCUAAACUAACACCCUUAGACCACAAGGGGGAAGCUGUCAAGGCUGAGCUGUGUGGAGCAGUAUUUGCUGCCCGACUGAAGAGGAUUGGAGAAAUCCAAGAUAGUACACAACUUCAGGAUUGGCUGUGGAUCCCUGGUCCCCUGAACAUUGCUGAUAUCAUCACUCGUGGGUCUGGUUCAAAGGAUUUGGAGGAAGACUCUGCAUGGCAGCAAGGCCCAAACUUUCUCAGUCUACCAACUGGACGGUGUCACCUUUCCAGCCACUACCAUAGACCGUUUGGUGGUUUACAAAGAGGAAGAAUCUGGGCUUCUGCUUUGUGGUGGGAGGAUCCAGGCUUUCAAUGAAGACAAGGUUGGUGUUCCCCUGUUACCAUACAAUGCCUGGGUCUCAAUGCUGUUGGUUUACGAAGCUCACAACAGAGGUCAUGAGGGAGUGGCUGCAACUCUUCUGAAGGUGAGAAAGAAAGCAUGGAUCAUCAAAGGAAGAAGAAUUACUCAAAAAGUAAUUAACAAUUGUGUGAUCUGCAAGAAAACCAGAGCCAAAUUAUGUCAGCAAAUAAUGAGUGAUUUACCUCAAGAAAGAACUCGGCCCGCAGCCCCAUUUGAGUUUACAACAGUUGACCUGUUUGGACCAUAUCAGGUUAAAGAUGAUGUGAAGAGGAGAGUCAAGAUGAAGGUUUGGGGGUUGGCAUUCUGCUGCAUGGCCAGCAGAGCAAUUCACACAGAGCUUGCUAACUCUAUGUCAACUGAAAGUUUUGUAAUGGCUUACCAAAGAUUUACAGCUAUUCGGGGUCACCCUAAAAAGAUCUGGUCUGAUCCAGGGACCAAUUUUAUUGGUGCCAAACCGGUUCUGGAGGAGUUGUAUCAAUUUCUGGAUGGGUUGAACAGGUCCGCUGUAGAAGAAACUUCAGCUCAGAAUGGAACUGAAUGGCAGUGGAAAAUCCAGCCAGCGGAUUCCCCUCAUCGCAAUGGCUCUGCUGAAGCAGGUGUCCGGAUUGUGAAAAGAGCAUUCCAGAGCCUGGGAAGAGAGUCGGGACUAAGCUUCAGUGAGUUCCAAACAACACUUCAGCUUGCUGCCAACCUUGCAAAUGAACGUCCCAUUGAUGCCAGGGUACAGAGCCGAGAGGACACUGUGCAGUAUGUCACACCUAAUUCACUUCUGCUGGGACGAGCAUCAUCAAGUGGUGACUGGAAAACCUUUGAUUUCACAAGUUAUCCCUACAAGAGACUUCAAGAAAUGCAGCACCAGGUUAACACUUUCUGGAGGUCCUGGAGCCAGCUUGCUGGACCUAAUCUUUUUAUCAGGAGUAAAUGGCACACUAUGAAAAGAAAUGUUGCAGUCGGAGACAUUGUUUGGCUGUGUGACCAGAAUGCAUUGAGGGGUCACUUUAAGCUUGGAAGAGUCAUCAGCGUUAAUGCAGAUACCAGAGGCAUUGUGCGGGAUGUAAAUGUUAAAGUUGUAACAAGUUUGUGCACUCCAGAGGUGAGGCCCGCAUCCAAGAAUCCUGCAUCCAAGCUUCCUCCAUCCAGCAUUCUGAGGGACACACAGUUUACAAUCCUUCACAGAGAUGUCAGACGACUAGUUGUUCUCCUGCCAGCAGAGGAGCAAGCAGGAAACCCAGAAGGAAGUCGGACUGUAAAUUGACUGUAUAUUGACUGAUACAUGCGAUCUUUCCAGCAGUUUCUGUGGGAAGAUCGAGUGGGAGGUGUUAAGCUGAAUUCAGGCCCCGCCCUCCUCUGACUGAGUAUAGGGAGAGUGUCUCCCAACCUGGAGACAGGUGAAGAUAAUUAAAGGAUCAGUUGGGAGAUGUUCACUCACUAAGCAACAAUGAGCACUAUGAGGGUGCCUGGGUGAAUGCACUGCAGGAAAGUUUGUUCCAAGGAGAAGGAGCCGGUGAGCCACAAAUUAUUUGAAUAUUUAGACUGAAAUGUUGAAACAUUGAGAAAAAAAUAUAUAUAAAUAAAUAAAAAAGAAAAAGAAGAAAAAAAAAAAGAGGAAUCAUUUAAAAUGUAUUUGAGAAAGUAAAUGAACACUAGAAUGUUAAAAUGUAUCACUGAAUAAUUCUUUGAAUAUGUUUGAUUUUGGGUUUAAAUCUUAUAUUUUGUUUCAGGAACAAUUUUGUUUAAAGAAUGUUAAUCAUUGUGUUUUCUGUUUAUAUUUAAAGGUUUUUCACCUACUACUACUACUACU